CCCAGCAAUGCAGCCCAUGUUUAGAGAGACUCCUUGGGACCGGGCAUCCGCAGAACAAUGUCUGUUUCUGUUCAAUUCAGAGUGGUUAUUGCACGCUGUUCUUCCCGCUAGGCAGUACGUCUUUUUCACAGCUCCAUUGGGACUAACAGAGGUGAAAGGAAGAGUUGGAGCAUAACACCUCAUCAGAAUCAUGAGACGAACUGGGACAUCAUCUUUCCUCUUCUGCACUCUUCAACUCACAGUGUUGUUGGCAGUUUUCUCAUCUGAAAUGAAAUUUGUUACAGCUGGGAAUUCAAACCCAAGCCUCGGAACAAACUCUUCCAUUGGCAACCAAACUAAUAAGAAGUGUGAUUCAGUGGAUACUGAAUGCAAAGUGGGUGUCAUUCUGCCCAUAUGGUUACCAGAGAACCCAUCUUUUGGUGAUAAACUGGCAAGAGCCACAGUUUACUUUGUGGCCUUGUUUUACAUGUUCCUGGGGGUCUCUAUCAUUGCGGAUCGCUUCAUGGCGUCCAUCGAGGUAAUUACAUCACAAGAGAGGGAGAUCACCAUCAAGAAACCAAAUGGCGAAAAAGUGACAACCACUGUGCGUAUAUGGAAUGAGACGGUGUCCAACCUGACCCUUAUGGCCCUGGGUUCCUCAGCCCCGGAAAUCCUACUGUCCGUCGUUGAGGUGUGCGGUCACAACUUUGACGCAGGUGAUCUGGGCCCGAACACAAUCGUUGGUAGUGCUGCCUUCAACAUGUUCGUUAUCAUUGGAUUUUGUGUUUCUGUCAUUCCUGAUGGAGAGCACCGGAAAGUCAAACAUUUGAGGGUAUUUUUUGUUACCGCCACCUGGAGUAUAUUCGCGUACACCUGGCUUUAUCUCAUCUUGGCUGUCAUCUCUCCGGGCAUCGUACAGGUGUGGGAGGGCCUUGUCACACUGUUCUUCUUCCCAUUGUGUGUUGGGAUGGCCUACGUCGCGGAUCGCAGACUUCUUGUCUAUAAGUACAUGUACAAACGCUACCGCGCAGGGAAACGAAGAGGGGUGAUCAUUGAGACGGAAGGGGAGGCGCAAAUACCUUCAAAGAUGGACAUUGAAAUGGACGGGAAAAUGCUCAACUCAGAGAGCUUCAUGGACGGAGCGAUGGGUUUCGAUGAGAAGGACCUGGAUGAGGAGGAGGCCAGAAGGGAAAUGGUCCGGAUCCUGAAGGAACUGAAACAGAAGCAUCCAGAGAAGGAGACAGAGCAGCUGAUAGAACUGGCCAACUACCAGGUAUUGACACAGCAGCAAAAGAGUCGCGCCUUCUACCGAUGCCAGGCUACCAGGAUCAUGACGGGAGCAGGGAACGUACUGAAGAAGCAUGCAGCAGACCAAGCCAGGAAAGCUGUUGGUGCGUACGAGAUCCGCUCCGAAGUUUCUGAGAAUGACUUUUCGUCAAAGGUCUUUUUUGACCCCGGUACAUACCAGUGCUUGGAGAACUGUGGUACAGUGGCCUUGAAUGUAGUACGCCUGGGUGGGGACUUGACUAACACUGUUUCAGUGGAAUACCGUACCGAAGACGGCACAGCCAAUGCCGGAUCGGACUACCAGUUCACUGAGGGCGUUGUGGUGUUCAACCCCGGUGAGACUGAGAAGGAGAUCCGGAUAGACAUCAUUGACGAUGACAUCUUUGAGGAGGAUGAGCAUUUUCUGGUCCACCUUAGCAACGUGAAGGUCAUAUCAGAGGGCACUGGCUACGUACAACCAAGGGCUAAUCACUUGGACACUUUGGCGGGCCUUGGCCUACCCUGCUCAGCCACCGUGACUAUCUUUGACGAUGACCAUGCCGGGAUCUUUACUUUUGAAGAACCGGUAAUGACCAUAAGUGAAAGUAUCGGCAUGAUGGAAGUAAAGGUUCUUCGUACCUCAGGAGCGCGGGGUCUAGUGGUUGUACCCUACAAGACCAUGGAGGGUACAGCAAAAGGAGGGGGAGAAGACUUUGAAGAUACGCACGGAGCGCUGGAAUUCCAGAACGAUGAGAUUUUCAAAUCUAUACAGAUCAAUAUAAUCGAUGACGAGGAGUAUGAGAAAAACAAGAACUUCUUCCUUGAGAUGGGAGAGCCUCAGCUGCUGGAGAUGAGUGAGAGGAAAGCUGUGUUGCUUCAAGAAAUUGGUGGAUUCGUGAAGACAGACAAAAGGCUUUAUGGCAGGGACGUCUACCGGAAAGUGCAGGGUAGGGAUAACCCUGUCCCUGCCACCAUUAUCAGCCUUGCAGAGGAAGGGGAUGAGGAAGCUCUCUCUAAGAAGGAGGAGGAGGAACGCCGCAUCGCUGAGAUGGGCCGGCCCACCCUGGGGGAGCACGUCAAACUGGAAGUCGUCAUCGAGGAGUCGUAUGAGUUCAAGAACACAGUGGAUAAACUGAUUAAGAAGACCAACUUGGCUCUAUUGAUUGGAACCAAUAGCUGGAGGCAGCAGUUUAUGGAAGCUAUCACAGUCAGCUCUGGCGAUGAUGACGAGGACGAGUGCGGCGAGGAGAAGCUGCCCUCCUGCUUUGAUUACGUCAUGCACUUCCUCACCGUCUUCUGGAAGCUCCUGUUCGCAUUUGUGCCGCCCACCGACUACUGGAAUGGCUGGGCCUGCUUCGUGGUCUCCAUCAGUAUGAUUGGCCUGCUCACCGCCUUCAUUGGAGACCUGGCCUCCCACUUUGGCUGUACCGUGGGCCUCAAGGACUCUGUGACCGCCGUGGUGUUUGUGGCACUCGGGACGUCUGUGCCAGACACAUUUGCCAGCAAGGUAGCUGCAAUCCAGGACCAGUACGCUGAUGCCUCCAUCGGCAACGUAACGGGCAGCAAUGCCGUCAACGUCUUCUUGGGCAUCGGCGUGGCCUGGUCCAUCGCUGCCAUCUACCACAAUUCCAAGGGCAACGACUUCCGGGUGGACCCGGGCACCCUGGCCUUCUCCGUCACCCUAUUCACCAUCUUCGCCUUUGUCGCCGUGGCCGUGCUCAUGUACCGGCGCCGGCCCGAGAUUGGGGGCGAGCUGGGUGGGCCCCGUGGCCCCAAAAUCGCAACCACCUGCCUCUUCUUCAGCCUGUGGCUCAUGUACAUCGUCUUCUCCUCCCUGGAAGCUUAUUGCCACGUCAAGGGCUUCUAACUUCUCUAUAAAGUAUCUGAAAGCAAGAUUCCAAAAGGGAUAAUUAAAAGAUCUAAGAAAGCUUCUGAAAGAUCUUUGAAAGCUUCUUAGUCUUUGAAAGCUUCUAUAAGGUCUAAUAAAGCUAUUCAAAAGUAUUUGAAAGCUUCUAAAAUAUAUUUGAAAGAUUUUUAGUCUUUUAAAGCUUCUAAAAUAAAUUGUAAUGCUUCUAAAAAGAACCACUUUAUUGACAUCUUACGCCAUUGACUUCCAUGUCCCUUUAUCCUAAAUCUAACAUCAAUGACUCUGCAUACCCUUCUCGUCCUAUGCUUAAGCCAUCUACUGCCACAUCCAAUACAUCCGAAGCAUCCACUACUACAACUAAGGCCUCUAAACCAACACCAGCCGGAUGGUGGCCCAAAAAUAGGGAUUUUUAAAAUUAUUUUUAACUAUUCAUUUAGUGUUUGUUCUCUAGCUCCUUCAAUCCUGUUGUUGCAGCUUUAUUUUAAAUGGAAGCUAUCUGUUGACUUUCAUUGGAUCAAGACUCCUAAGGCUGUGUAUCCAAAAUGUACUUUCAGAUGAAGCAAAAACGUGUGCUUGUUUGGUUAUACAGAACACAGAACAUCAAAGCUGGGCAUAAAAGUGCUGCUGGUUGGCGUCCACAAAUUCUGUUCAGUGCCCCCCCCCACAAAAAAAAGACAAAUUUGUCAUAAUAUUCCUGUAGCCAGAAAUGUGAGUGAUUGUUUAAAUGCAACGAGUAUAUGGGUGAAAAAUGCAUAGUUACUUAUGUAAAAACUUGAAAGAGGCUAUAGCUCAUUUUAUGUCUACACUGUACUGUUGCAGUGAUGACUGUACCUCUAAUAUUACAGAAACUAAAAACUAAAAAACAAAUUCUUAUGGGUUUAGUCGGGGUCUCAACUCACUGUUGAGGGUUAGAAUAAAGAAUACACAAGAUGCAAUUUAGAAAUGUGCUUGUGCAUCAGCAGUCACUCAAUUAGCCCAUUUCAGCUAAAUGUUUUUUGAUUGGUAAGUCAGUGGCCAGCUAUCUAAACUUGUAGUAAGCAUGGUUGAAUUACCAACCGGGUGGGGCCCUUUGGUCAUCAGUUAUCAUAUUAAAACUGCUAACAUUUGCAUCCACCCUAUGGUAAAAUGUGUAGAAUUUCAGGAAAUUAGCUGUAAAACUGCUAAUUGUUUUCUCCAGUCCAUGGCAAAAUGAGUAGAAUUGCAUGAAAUGAGUUAUAAAAUAAAAAAUAUGUUCUCUCUGCCCAGUGGCAAAAUGUGUAGAAUUGCAGAGAACAUGCUUUAAAACAGCAACAUUUUCUCUACACCCCAUGGCAAAGUGUGUAGAAUUGCAGGAAAUUAACUUUAAAACUUCAAAUGUUUCUCUUCGCUGUCACAGGGGUGCUUUGCUGGCGGGGGGUGGUAUGGAUGUGGGUACGCAGACCCACGAACCACUGCAGCCCCUCAUGAUGAGUUCCGUUGUCCAUCCCUGUAGUAAACUAUCAAGAUCUCCAACACAGAGACUGCUAAUCCCUUUAUAUAUGUGAUGUCCAUAGCAUCUUUCAUUUGGUCUGUUAACUAUCACAGGUGACAGACAAAACAACACAAACACUUCUUUCAUAGAAAAGUCAUCAAAAAUGUCUUGCGUGUCAAGUUUUGUCAUACGUUGUUGUUGAUUCUUUAUCCAGGUGUGCGGCGAUGUUCACUUUAGCGCUGUGGUAAGCAUAGUGUGCUUGUGUUAACUCUGACUGAAUAAUCCUCAAUGUUGGAUUAUCAAUGUGCUAAUUGUAAACUAUAUGCAUGAGUGUAAACAUAACUGUAUAUCAUAAGCCGUAGUUAUCAUUAACAUUAGGGGACACAUUUUAAUAAUGAGUAGUAAUGGAUUUGGGUUCAUUGAGAUUGUUUUUGUGUGUUUGCUCCAAGAACAAUGUUAUCUGAAAGACUACAAUUCUUUAAAGUAAUGUGAACAAAUAAUUUAUUAUUUGUAUGAAAGGCAAUAUCUCAUACUCUUCUGUUGAUUAAAUGGGUAUUUGUCCAAAACUAUAUUGCUCUGCUUGAGUUUGCUGAUGUCAAGUUUGCGGAAAAUACGAAGCAGUACUUUGUCUGUGUUAUCUGGUUUUGUAUAUAGUGUACAGUGUUGUCAAAGUGAGGUAGUUGGCCUCAAUGUUGAAAAUAUAAGAUUCAAGCUAUUUAUUUUCCUACCCUUUGGGGACACAAGAAUAGCUAAUGUUGCCUUCCAGGGGACCCACGUUUGAAUUGACGUUCUCCCCUCUAUUUUUCUGAAUGAGUCUGGGUGGUUCUUGUCCUUGUUGAGGUAUUUUGAUCCUUUCUUGCGAUGGAAGUUGUCUUGUCGUCAAUACAUUCAGGGGCCAAAACGGAUACUACAUACCUACUACAGAGUGAAUUCAGCCAAAUCUAAAAGAAAUAAGCAUCACUUUACCAGUACUGUAUGAAUGUAUGGUAUUGUAACUUCUUGCACAGUUUUGACUAGUUUAAACAAAACAAAAGUAAUCCAGCCCAAUUCUUUCUCUCACAUUAAGAACAUUGAUUCCCUAUUAGGACAGCUGAUGCAUAAAAAAUAGCCAUAUUAUGGCUUCUGUUUAUUUCACUUUUCUCAUUGUCCCUAUUGGUGAUGUCACACACAUUGACAAUAUUGUAUUGAUUCACUCUUCCUCAACUUGUCACAAGCCUAGGCCCACCUCUAGACGAAUUGUUCUAUGUAUUAACAUUGGUUAUACAUACUGUAUAGCCUUGUCCCCUUCUGUAACUGUGCUGUAGCCAACUUUCUAUUCUUCCAUCUUUUUCAAGCUAUAUAUACACUAUAUAUACAAAAGUAUGUGGACACCCCUUCAAAUUAGUGUAUUUGGCUAUUUCAGCCACACCAGUUCCUGACAGAUGUAGAUAAUCGAGUACACAACCAUGCAAUCUCCAUAGACAAACAUUGUCAGUAGAAUGGCCUUACUGAAGAGCUCAUGUCACAUGUCACAUGUCACCGUCAUAGGAUGCCGACUUUACAACAAGUCAGUUCGUCAAAUUUCUGCCCUGCUAGAGCUGCCCCGGUCAACUGUAAGUGCUGUUAUUGGGAAGUGGAAACAUCUUGGGGCAACAA